UCUCUCCGCCUUCCGCUCCCGGUUGCUAUGGCUACCGCUAUGCUCCGCCCGGAGAAGCGGCAGCUGCGGAGAGCGGCGCGGGGCGGGAGCUGCUGGGGAAAGUAACUGGAAGCAUGACUGAGGAUAAUCAAAACCCUGGGAGGACUAGGGCCAACCUUGAUGAAAAUAUCCAGUCUGAGAAGUUACGUCUAGAUCAGGAGCAUUCUCCUGGGAAAGCAGUUCAACAGGAUUACUGCAUGCCUGAUCUCAUAACUGUCAGAAUACAAACAGAUUCUGAUUCAUUCCAAGAUGUAGUUGUAAAAAUUGAAAGACCUACCUAUCAAAAACCAUUUCUUGGUGGAUUUAAGAACAGGAUAACAGGAGUGGAAUUUCAUAAUGCAGGAUCGCAAACAAUACCAAAAAAACUACCUGAUAAAGGAAUUCUUGUAUUUUGUAGGGAAACACAGACAGUUUUUGAAAAAAAUAAGCAACAACAAACAACAAAUACAACAUCAACACAAAUGACUAAAACUGGCCUCUAUGUGUCAAACAAGACUGACAGACUAAUAACUCCUGGGAAGUAUAUUACAGCAGAAGAAUACCAUAAACGUAGACUUGAAGCAGUAAUAGUAUUACAGAAAUAUUUCCGUCGUUGGCAUGCUACAAAUAUAGUACAAAAACUGGGGGAAGAAAAGAGAUUAAGGCUGGAGUGGGAGGCACAAGAAGAAUUACGGAGAAAAAAAGAAAAAGAAGAAAAACUGAGAAGGGAGCACGAGCGAAGACUGAACCCUAAAACAAAAGGAGACUUCGAGCUACUGUACCAUGCUUUAGAAUUAUGGAGGCAGAAGGAGACUGAGCAGAUUAACAGAACUCUUACUGGCGCUGAAAGAAAGGCAGCACUUUGUGGACUUCUGGAACAAGAGGCACAGCUGAUUGCUUCCAUUGGGAGACACAAACUAAAUGCAGAUGAGGAGAAUCGACAGAAAGCAAUACUGCAUUUUCUGAAUAAGUGUGCGCAACCUAAGAGAUGGAAAGCAUAUGAUGGAAAAAUCACUGAAAUGGAUACACAGUUCACACUCCGUGCCAGAGAACUGUUGGAAAUCUACCGCAGCAUUAGCAUGAGUGACGUCCCACAAGAUGAGAGAAUAGAUGUGCUACUGACACUCAAAGGUACAGUGAAGGAACAUGAAUGUAAAUUAACACAGGAAAUCAUGGAAUUAAUUGACAGGGAAAUUGAUCUUAUGUCAAGAGAGGUGAAAGAAUGUAACUUGGAAGGACUAAGGAAAAGAAUUUGUACGUUAUUUCUUCAGUUUAUUAAAAUUCCGAAGUUUAACCCUGAAGUUGCUAAGAUACUUAAGGUUCCACCAGAUCCCUUAAAGCUUUAUAAAAACAUGAACUGCUGUCAGAGUUGCAAAAAUUACUUACCGUCUACUGCGUUUCCUGUUCCUGCUAAUACCCACACUACUGGCAGAUGUCGCUUGUGUUGUAAGGUUGAUAAUGAGGCUCGGCACCGAGAAACGUUUUUGAAGUGCAAACUUAUACUAGAAAAGCUCAGAAAGUCUGAAGCUGAUUAUCAGGAUGAUGCUAAAAUUGUUUUCUUACUUCAGCAUCAAGAUCUGCAAUACCUGAUUGAGAAAAUAUGGGGCUGUCAGUCAGCUCUCAGUGCCUGCAGUGACCUCUAUGAUUUGGUUAUGGUCAGGUGGGAUAAGCAGCAUGAAUGGUCUCCAUGGAACACUAUUCUUCUCACUGAAGAUGAGGCAGAUGCACAUCUUAAACUAUGUGACCUUCAGAAGGCGUAUGAAGCGACAUUUAUUCACAGAAUAAAGCAUAAGCAUAUCUGGGCAAAAAAAUACUUUGCUCAGAUUCAAGCCAUGACAUCAUUUUUGCAGAGGAGUGAAAAUCAGACAAAUGCAAAUGAAUUUUUAAUAGCUACGCCUUUUCCUACUGUGCAAAACCAUAACUCUUAGGUGAAGCUAGCUGAAGUUAAAGAAGUUAACUGAAUUAUUGAUUAAUACAGUUUCCUUGGUUUUAAAGAAAUGUACUGUUUCAAUACCUUAAUUAUAUCACACAGAUCAAAAUAAACUGAGGAUAAAAUAAUUUGAUCUUGACUAGUCAAUAAAACUGUAUUUCAUGUUUUGUAAUCUCAGUUAAAAACUAAAAUGUUGUUGAGUUUUGUAAAUUCUGAUUUUUUUAAGCAAUUGACUGUCUUUCUGUGUUUGCCUGUCUUGCUUGGAACAUUCUGUCUGUGUUGGGGGAACUUAGCUAAUUCUUUGUCACCUUUUAUCUAGAAAAAUAAUCCUACAAACUAUUAAAUUUCUCUCAAGUAUACAAGGUAGAAAAUCCUUUAAACCCUGAAUUCCUGCAGAACAACAGAAUUGAUAUGGCCUUCCAAAUAUAGAUGCUUUGCCUUACAAAGAUUUGGGCAAAAUAAUAACUUUAUAGUUCAUCUUGAUGGUGAGAGUGGAACUGCCAGCCUGUAAUUACUGUAUCUGAGAUCUUGAAAUUAGUGUAAAUCAGACUGACAAUUUGAAAUAGACAAUGCAGGCUGUUUGGAA